UUGCGCGAACAGCUGAUUCCAGUGCUCUGAGGAAUUUUCGCAGUUAUAAACUGCGGUCCUACAACAAAUUUUAACACUUAGUUUUUCAAGUGGUAGGAAAGCCAGAAAAUGCCGGAGCCACGCAGUCCGAUGGCCAGUUUCGCCGAGUCGGUGCUAAAUGUCAUCGAUGGACCCAUAACUUGGUUCCGUGAGAGCAUUGUGGAGCCGAACCAGCAGAAGCAGAAUUGGUACCACCAGCGCUUCCGCCGCGUUCCGACGAUCGACCAGUGCUACACGGACGAUGCCGUCUGCCGUUUCGAGGCCGAUCAGCAGUUCCGCCGGGAUCGCAUGGUGGACAACGAGAUUGUCAACAUUCUGCGCCAGCGCUUCGAGGACUGCACCCUCUACGAGGCACCCGAUCACAUGGUCAAGUGCAGGCCGCUGAUGGAUCAAUACGAGAAGGCCACCGAGAACUGGUUCAUCAAGUAUGGCGACUUGGGAGGCUACGCCAAUGCCAAGACCGCGUACAUGAAGCAGAAGCAUCGUCUGAUCUGGGAGCGUCGUCAUGGACCAGUGGGAAGUGGCAUGAAGGAGGAGGCCGCCCACUAAACUCCGCUUUUAUGAUGAUGUUUUGCUAGUUUCAUUAUCCGUUAAAACUAAAUAUACACGCCGUAAAACGAUAGUCCCAAAGA